CAUGAGAAGAUCAAUUAUUGAUUCCAACACAAAUGACCAAAUUGCUAUUAAAGGCUUUAUUUCCGCUGAAGUAGGGGCACUUAGAAAAGAAAUAGCGAAUUUAACGGGACGUUUCCUAUCCCUGGAAUCUAUUUAUCGGGCUACAACAGAAGAAUUAUAUUCAGUAGAAUUAACAAUUAAAAUGUAUAAACAAGAAAUGGAGUUUCUUGAGCUUGAGGAAGAAAAUAUUUUAUCACAUAAAGAAAAUCUCAUUGCUGAGAAUCAUGGAUUACUAGCUCUGUUGAAAAUAUGUAACGAAGAUCUUUCUGAUAGGGAAGAGAAAAAACAGCAAAAAACAUCGACAACAUUUUCUACGGCGAUAGCCAACGAAAUUGAUAAAAGAAUUGCUCAACAUCUCCCUGAGGAUACUACUAUUUUCUCUAAUAUUACGGGCCAAAUACUAAAAAAGGAUCAAUUUAGGAAAAGAAAUAUAAAAAGUAAAACUUCUGAACGAGGGUCUAAAAUUUUAUCUCCAAUGGCAUCGUCAGCUAACAGUUACCGUCGUAAAGCUUAUCAAGACAUAUAUUUAUUCUAA